GGUGCUUGAAAUAUUCUCUCUUUUUUCUCCUCCUUUUUCGUAAUCUCAAUUUUUCUGAAUAUUUGACCAAUAGAAUAUAUGAAUGAAUGGUGAGAAGUCCCUCAAGAAACACGCCCACCACUCGUUCCAAUCGAACCAAGGAGCUGCCAAAUCCACUCCCACCUCCCUUUCUUUCCACCAAAAAAAUUUAAAACAAAAAAUAAUAAUCAUAUCCAAAUAAAAAAAAUGCAUUCUCCUCCUCUCCCUCACCAAAUUCCAUGGCCAUUGGCCAAGAAUCUACCUGAAUAAUUCCCUCUGGAUUCUCAACCCUCUUUCUUCCUCCUCCUCCCCUCUCAGCCGCUGCCAUCUCUCUCCACCUAAGACAUGAUUCCUUCUUACUGCCUAUCUUCUGUAAGAACCACAUCCAGACCAGAAGCAUUCCUCCUCCACAAUCCUCACCUCUACCUUCCAAAGCACCGCUCCAUUUUCCUCCCAACAGAACCCCACUUUCCCAAGAAGGGCACAAACUUUCUCAGCUCCCAAACACCACUUCCCAAGUCUUUUCUCCCCACUUUGGGGCUCAACAACUCCAAACUCUCACAACCCUUUGCCAGUUUAUCCUCUUUCGCCGAUGCCGAAGGCAAAAACGAAGAACAAAACCAAGAUGUCAAAGCCGAACAACAUCACGAAAUCGCUGAAACAGGGGAGCAAGCUGAGUCGCCUGGAAUGGCGCAGGCCUUCCACAUAUCUUCCAGCACGGCCUCCGCCAUUUCCAUCUGCAUAGCGUUUGCGGCUCUGAGCCUUCCGUUUUUCAUGAAGUCUCUGGGGCAAGGGCUGACCUUGAAGACCAAGAUGCUGUCUUAUGCUACUCUGCUAUUCGGGUUUUACAUGGCGUGGAACAUCGGAGCCAACGACGUGGCCAAUGCCAUGGGGACUUCGGUGGGUUCGGGAGCGCUGUCGCUGCGGCAGGCGGUGCUGACGGCGGCAGUGUUGGAAUUCUCGGGGGCGUUUCUGAUGGGGACUCACGUGACGAGCACAAUGCAAAAGGGAAUUCUUGUGGCAAAUGUGUUUCAGGGGAAGGAUACUCUGCUUUUUGCUGGUCUGAUUGGCUCUCUUGCUGCUGCUGGUACUUGGUUGCAGGUUGCAUCAUCUUAUGGCUGGCCGGUCUCGACAACGCACUGUAUAGUUGGAUCCAUGGUCGGAUUUGGACUUGUCUAUGGCGGCCCAGGUGCUGUCUUCUGGAGUUCGUUGGCGAGGGUGAUUUCAUCUUGGGUUAUCUCGCCGUUCAUCGGAGCACUGGUGUCCUUUCUUGUGUACAAAUUCAUUCGUAGGUAUGUGUACAGCGCUCCAAAUCCAGGACAAGCUGCGGCUGCAGCAGCACCAAUUGCUGUACUAGUCGGCGUAACUGGAAUCUCAUUCGCAGUCUUUCCUCUUGGAAAAAGCUUGCCUUUGGCUCUUGCCAAGGCUUUAGCAUGUGGAGUUGCAGGUGCGGUCCUCGUGUAUAGAAUUAUCCAUAGGCAGCUAGGGCAUCUCCUCGUCAAGUCCAUGUCAUCGGAAGCAGAGCAAACGGAGGGUACCAUCCAGCAAAAAAAUAUCGGGUUUCUCUCUGAUAUUGCAGGUCCAACCGGUACACAGUUGGAAAUAGUAUAUGGAGUUUUCGGAUACAUGCAAGUCCUCUCAGCCUGCUUCAUGGCAUUUGCUCAUGGCGGGAAUGAUGUCUCAAACGCAAUAGGUCCUUUGGCUGGUGCAUUAUCCAUUCUUCAUGGCUGCGCUAGUGGUCCGGAGAUUGUAAUUCCGACUGAUGUUCUGGCAUGGGGAGGAUUCGGAAUUGUAGCAGGUCUCACAAUGUGGGGGUACAGUGUGAUAGCAACGAUCGGGAAGAAGAUUACAGAACUGACACCAACGAGAGGAUUUGCGGCUGAGUUUGCAGCAGCCUCGGUGGUUCUAUUUGCUUCAAAGCUGGGACUGCCAAUCUCCGCCACGCAUACUCUGGUGGGCGCAGUCAUGGGGGUGGGAUUUGCAAGGGGGCUUAAUAGAGUUAGAGCAGAAACUGUGAGGGAAAUUGUGGCUUCUUGGGCUGUGACAAUUCCUGCUGGUGCUUUCUUUUCAGUUUUAUACACAUGGAUCUUUACCAAGUUUUUGUCUUAUAUUUUAUGAGUCUACAUUUGAAGAUUGAAGUGAUGGACAUCUAAUGUAAGUCAUUAAUUAAAAACAAUCACUUCUUUUCCGAA